AUGUCCAAUCAGCCGACGAUCUCAAAGCAGAAAGAAGUGUUCCACAAUGAGAAUGUUGAAGAAAUCGAUCCUAUCGCGGAGAAGAAACUCAUCCGGAAGAUCGAUCUUCAUUUAAUGUCAUCAGUGUUCAUUCUUUACCUUUUCUCUUGUGUGGACCGUUCCAAUAUUGGCCUAGCAAAGAUUGCAGGCAUGGAGGAGGAUCUCGGCUUAACGUCUGAUCAAUACUAUACGGCUGUGAUAGCGUGGGUUAUUGGCUAUACUAUUGCCGCGGUUCCAUCCAACAUGAUCUUAUCCCAGACUCGACCGUCACUCUUUAUCCCUGUGAUCACAUUCGGUUGGGGUGCGGUGGCGGCGCUUUUGGGAGUUGUACAACACCAGAGUCAUCUGAUUGCACUACGCUUUCUGCUCGGUGUCUUUGAAGCUGGGUUCAGCCCUGCCGUUAUUUUCCUCAUCUCAACUUGGUACCGAAGGAGUGAGCAUCGAAGGCGUCACGACAGCAGGAAUCAGUCUGCUCGUGCACUGGACUCUCCUGGACUACCCCCAUCGCAGCCGUGGGUUGUCCCGGAAGAACUGCAACUCGCACAGCAACGGCUCCUCCAAGACGGGAUGGCGGAUCCAACUGGAAACGGACUAGAUGGAGAAACGCCCAUGCUUGUUUCGUUUGUGAAAGCGGUCCGUGACUGGCGCGCCUGGCUGCUUGUUCCAGCGUAUAUGUCGAUUCUAGGAGCGCUGGCUAUCUCCUACUUCUAUUCAACCUUGAUCGAUGGCAUGGGCUACAGUUCGACAGCGGCGCAGUAUAGGACGGCCCCAUUGUAUUUCGUGUCGCUGGUAGUUGCGUUGCUGGUCCGCUAUUUUGCCGAUCAUAACCUGGAUAAGAGAGGUCUUUUCUUGGCGGCCAACCUCCUUGUCUUCCUGUGUUUCAUCAACAUGACAAUCUGGACGGGAAAUGCGCUCGGGUUAUCGUUCGCCACAACGGCCCUGGCAUCGGUCAAUCGGGAUAUGCGAGCUAUCAUGUUGGCAUUGAUGAAUGGGAUUGCAGCUCUCGCGCAACUGUAUGGGAGCGCUCUGUUCCCGGCCAAAGAUGCUCCGGAAUACCUUGUUGCGUUCUCUGUUUUCGCGGGCACAUUUGCGGUGGGUGCUAUAUUGUACGGCUUGGCCGAUGUGCUGUUCAAGCGAUAUCCAUACAAGUAA